CCGGUUUGGGAAGAUGGGCGAUAAUAUAGACAUGCAUCAUUUACCGGGUAUUGAUCCUGAAACUAUGCAUUAUACAAGGCAGCCACACCCAUCUACUGAUCCUGUUGCUGAAGCAGAAGCUGGAAUCCUCACUCAGGUCAAAGCAUCUUCUCCUCGGCAUCACCAAAUUGAGCAACUGCAGAGGUUUGCUGGGCUGGGAAUUGGCCUUGCAAGUGUCCUUGCUGAAAAUGUUCUAUCACAUCCUUGUAUAGUGUUGAGGAGACAAUGCCAGGUGAACCCAUCUUCCAGUUGGUACCACAAUACCCCCUUCACCCUGUUCCACAUCAUAUAUAAUAUACAGAGAAAUCAGAGUGUCACCACAUUGUUUAAAGGUAUUGGAAGCACGUUUAUGGUGAGAGGGAUAUUUGUUGUGUCAGAAGCCGGCAUCAGUGAAUUUACUCCAUUUCCAAGGGAGGUGAACAGACACAGCUCCGUGAAGAAACUUCUUCAACAUAUGGUCCUCAAAGGAUUGAGCUUUCUUGCUACGACCCCAUUCUAUGCUGCAAGUCUUGUGGAAACAGUACAGAGUGAAAUAGCCAGUGAGAGGCCUGGUGUGUUUGAUUGUAUCAAAGAAGGCUUUGGACGCCUAUUAGGGAGUUGGAGCACCCCCCAGUCAACCAGGCUGCUACCAGUGUGGAAGCUUGUUGUUCCCACUGUAUGCUAUGGUCUGAUGCACUAUGCUAUCACAUCUAUAGCUCAAUACACUGUUAUACUGACUGUUCGCAGUGAGAGUCAUACAACAAAGGGGGCUGAACAGACUGUUCCUCCAGCUAAAUCUAUGUAUGAACGCUAUUACCCAGAACUCAUUGCAACAUUUACUGGACACUUAUUUGCCGACGUGAUUUUGUAUCCUCUGGAAAAUGUGGUACACAGGCUCCAUCUACAGGGUACCCGAACAAUUAUAGACAACACUGACACAGGACUUGGGGUUGUCCCGAUUAUCACACGCUAUGAGGGAAUGCUAGAUUGUUUCAAAUGUAUCAUAUUAGAUGAGGGAUUAUCUGGACUAUAUAAGGGAAUGGGAGCAUUAGUGUUGCAGUAUACCAUGCACGUAAUGAUCCUCAAAGUCACAAGGUUUCUGUUUGAACAAUUAACAAAGGAUUUACAUGGCAAUGAAGAUAAUGAGACUAUGCCUAGACGAAGUAGAUCGAGUCAAAGCCAGAUGUAGCAUUUCAGAUGAUUGUACAUUCUGAAGUAAUGUUUCGAGUUAUCUUUUGCCAAAAUAGCAUAAAAAUCAAAUUUUAUGUCCAACUGAGAUUUGAAAACACUCUCAUGAAACACUCUCAGGAGUCAGUACUGUCAACGGUGUUCCUUGUAGACAGGUGUUUCUUAAAGAGGGGGUUCAUUAACAUCUAAGUCAAUGGGGCAUGUUUCUUUUGAAAAGAGGGGUGUUCCUUAUAGAGGUGUUCCACCAUACUGGCUUUCUUGUAACUAUUGCCAAAUUAAGUGUAAUAAGAAUCAAAUUCUUAAACUGAGAUUGAGGAUCCUUGUCACGUUCGUUUUUGCAGUUUUACAAUGAAUUGGAUGAUAAAUUCUGCAUUUAUAGUUCUCAUG